AAAUGUAAAAUGAAAAAAAUAUUAACUAAAAUUAAGAAAAAUUUUUUUAAUCGAUUGCUAUUGGUGGAAGACUCAUGUAUUCUAUGUAUAUGAACGAUAUCGAUCAAACAAGAAUAAGACAACGCGCAUACAGUGAUUGUAACCAAUUAUUCAUUCCAAAAUUAAUAGAAUUAGUUCAUUGAAUGUAAAAUCGCACAAAAAAUUUGCGUAUAAUUGCCGUACAAUUUUUUUAAAUAUAUAGUAUAAUAUGAAGAAUUCCACUGUCAAAUCUGGAUCGUCGAUUCUGCCGCCUAUACGAUCUACCGAACACCGAACCUUUAAUAAAAAAAACGAUCUCGUUAAAGCAUUGCCUAGUAUGAUUGACAAUUUAUCGAUUGAUGAAAAUGCAAAGCAAAACAUCACCAGUAAAUUAAAUCAGAACUCUACAGCUCGAAAAGAAAUCAAGGAACGUGAUUUCAAGUUGACAGCUUCUUUAUACGAUAUCGAUGGAAUGUCAUUCGAGGAACUGCAAACCUCUUUAUGUAGAAUUACGGAAAAUCCACGAGAACCGUUUUCAUUUUUAGCGAAUAUCUCGGAUAAAUUUGUGAGUGAUGACAAAUUGUCAACAAAGCCUACGGAAAUAGAUAUGCAAUUGGCUGCUGUAGCAAAGCGAAUCGAAUCGAGUAAAAUUUUAUUGGAAGAAGCUAAAACUCGCAUCGAAAAUAUGUAUCUUCAAGUUAAACAAAAUGAUAUUUGUCGAGCAUGGAAAGAGCACGAUGUUUGCGAUGAUAAAGUCAAGGAAGAACAGCUCUCUUAAUUGUUUUAAUCUUGUAAUUCGUAAAGAAUAUAAAAUUUUCAAAUAAAAUCAAAGAACCAAUUUUUUCUAUAAUGUGUCGUGACACAAAAUUUGACUAUGUUAUU